CUGGGCACAGAGGAGCCCCUAAUGUGCUCCUGGGUGCUCUCCCUGCCUUUGUGCUGCUGUCCCCAGCAAGUCCUGGGGACACCUGAGGACCUGGAUGUCCCUGCUGUGUCUGGGACAUGCUUCUGCUGGCUCAGCCCUUCCCUUCCAUGGCUCCAGCUGCCUCAGAGCCCCCUGGUCACACGAUGACAGCUCCAGUGAUGCCCUCAGGCAUGGGGACAGGGAGGGUUCCUGCUCACCCCCACUCUGAGGAGCCCAUCCUGAACUUCACCUUGAGGCUCCUGGAUGGUGAGUGCAGGAAAACACUGGGGGUGAGACCAUGGGAUGGGUCCAGCCAAGACCCAGGGCUCAACCAGCAGCAGUCAGUGCCUUCUCCUGGCUGGCCCCAGGACUUGGAGCACCAGGAAAGGUGGCUGUCCCUGCAGGAGCUCCCCCCUGUCCUUGUGGAGGGUGUAGGGCUUUGAGAUGUUCCCAGUGCUGUGCCUGAUGCCACAAGGGGGUUUGGGCUCAGCUCUGCCCCCAUGGGUGACAUGGUCCCUCUCAGCUCCAUGGGGAGUCCAGGAAGCUCUGGAGAGCAGGGAAAGCAGGACUGGGGGACAGAGCCAGGAUGGGGGGUGGGCUCUGAAAGGGGAAGCUGUAGGGAUGGUGGUCUGGGAUGUGUCUGGUGCCCUCACCUCUGGUGGGACAGGUCUGGGGGUGUCACACUGAACCCACAAUCCCCAGAGGACUCCAGUGCCACUCCAGAGAAGCUGCCAGUGCUCAGCCCUGGCUCUGUGAUCCACCUGGAAGCCAGUGUCCACUUCAGUCCCAGCAUCUCCAUGAAGAUCCAGGUGGAUCAGUGCUACUGGACCACCACGGAGCAGCCAGGACACUCCAGGAGGGUCUUCAUGGUGGUGAACAGCCGUGGGUCAGUGCUGGUGGGGCAGGAAGCAGGGGCUCCUUCUCCAGCCACCCUGGGGUCCUGCAGGACCUCCUGAUGGAAAGGGAUGUCCAGAGCCUGGAGACAGCCCUGGAAUGUCCUGUGUCACUCUCCUGCCACAGGUGCCUGCAAGGGGAGAAGCUGGGGAACAUGUCUGUCCAGCAGCAGAGAGGGGGUUCUGUCCUCCAGCUCCCCAUCCUGGCCCCCACGCUGGAGGGGGAGCCCAAGGAGGAGCAGGUGAGUGGGGAUGAUGCCCUUGCUGGUGGGAUGGAGGUCCCAGGGAGGGACAUGACCCGGGUGUCCCAAAACAUUGUCCAUCCUGAGACAUGGUGCUCCUGCUGGGGUGGCCUCAGCCCCACGAGGUCAUGCAGGAGAGCAGGGUCCCUGAGGAAGGACAUGGUGCCUCAGCAGGUCUACGUGCACUGCCUGCUGAUGGCAUGGGGACAAGGACGUGCCACCACGUCCUGCUUCUACAGCCACACCACGGCCAGGUACGCUGCGUGUGUGGGGACACAAGCACCCCAUGGGUGUGCUGGGGACAGAAUUCACCUCUGGGAGACCAAGUCACCCCAUUGUGGUCUGGAUGUCACCUCUUAUUCGAUGGCAGAUGGUGGCAUUGCCACAGGUUCCAGCUCCCCCAUGCUGCAGAGGUAUUGUGGAGAUGCUUGGAGACAUCUCCUCUGGGACAGCACCACGUGGGUCUUGUGGUGGAGUCUGGGGACCCCUAGAGCCACCCCCCAGUUCUGUCCUCUCCUCUCUCUGCUGGCACAACGCAGAGGACCCUGUCCAGAGUACCCCAUGCCACUGCUGUGACACCGGCUGUGCUGCUGCUGACACCCUCCAUGGAGACAUGCCAGCAUUCCCAGGAGAGGGGACACUCCACCGGGAGACUGUUGGACCAGUGCUGGUGCAGAAGGAGAAGCUGCCAUGGCACAAAGGUGAGGGACACCCCAACUCUCUCCCAUGUUCCCAAAACCCCCACCCCUUGUGGUGACCCCCAGGUGUGUUUGUGCUGUUCCCAGCCCUGUGCUGGAUGGUGAAGAGGCUCCU